AUGGUGAUCGGGAACCGAGAUUUUUCGACUUUCAGGAGUAAGAGUACCAAGAGCACCAAGAGUGACUCGGGGAACGGGGACGAUGCAUCCAUAGGCACGCACGACAGCUCGUAUGAGCACCCUCUGGCUCGCAAAGGCUACGACAUCGGCCCGGCUUCGAGGUGCGAGGUGGGAGACGUCUUCGAGUUCCUCUGGGCCGACUCGCACGAGUUUGAGUGGGAGUGGAAAUGCCUUGGCUACACUCGCUUCAUCGUCCUACGACAUAGCGACACCUUUCCGCAUCACUGCGUGUGUGUGCCAAUCUCCACCCCCACCAAGAACGAUUUUCAGAAGCCCGGAAUCGACUCGAGCCAGCAGGGCUACGUCUUUGAUGAAAAUGACCGCACGCCGCCCUUUGACCGACUCCCCUUCUCGCCGGUCGGCAUGCAGUUGCGCCCAGGCAAGUUCCGCGUCAAGGAGAACUCCCGCGCGAACUACGCCGACGUGCUCGAGAUCGACCACGAUGCCCAGGUCAUGGUCAUAGGCGACGUUACCAGGUACUUCGACCGUGUUCGGAGGAACGUGAACAAGGCCGUCAUGCGACACGUCCUCAAGAAGGCGUUGGAGCAGUACCGCGAAGGCAAGCUCGUCGAUAAGAAGGGCGCGAUGCUCGAGGCCAGCGUUGUGAACGGCGGCAGUCAGGACGACGACGAACCCGAGGGUGAGAGCGACCCCGACCAUCCCGACGUCUUCCUAAUGCCUGACGAGACCGCCUCCGUCAUCGAAAAGCGACAGCCAGAAUCCCUCAUCAGCGCAGAGAUGCCUCCCCCGCCCCCUCCUGCUCCACCACUACCUCCGAUGGAUUCCCCGAUGCCGAUCCAGCAGCCUUCGCCCCCGCGGGACGAUGCGUCGUCGAUCCGCUCCUACGCCUCGAGAGAGAGGAGACAUUCACGCAGGGAAGUCCCUCCGCUGAGAGGCGAAGAUCUCCCGAGGAAAAUGUCCGACCAGCACGUCGAUGGGGCUUCCCGGCCGUACCGGCAACGCAUCGACCUCCCGCGAUCACGCAGUCAUCGCCAUUCCGAGCACGAGACGGGGUCCAUGUACGACGUCGCUACGGCCAAAAUGGACUGA